AUGAACCGCGAGAAAAUCCUUCGAAUGUACCACGGAUUCCGAAUCGAAGUCAACGCUGAAACCGAGCAAAAAAUCUCGAAUUUUUUAAACGUCAAGUUGGAUAUUUGUGAAAAUGUGAUUUUUGAUUGGCAAUUUUGGGAAGAUGAUGCAGAUGUCAGUCGUGUAACUGCGAAUUUAUCGAUUUUCAGCGAUAGUGACUGA